ACUCCGCACCCAUCUAGUGCUCAACUAUCGGUUCGUGCUGCACUUGUGAAUCGAUAGUGGCUGAAUCAAAUGGCUCGUGGUGGCUGAUGCAUCCGCAACGCGGGACGCGUACAUACGUUGCGAGUAGAUAUAGAGAGGCAUGUAAUGGUAUGCUGCGAUAGCAUGCCAUCCUUUUGAAUUAACUUAUGCAAUUGCAAAGAUGUUCAGACAGUCGCUUGGAUCUACACUAUUGGGCGAAGACGACCGGAUUCAACUUGUGGACCCUUCGUUCACUCUCAAGGCGUUUGCAGAUGAACAGAACCCGUUCGACGCAAUGACUGGAGCAAUCACGAAUAGUGAAGAGGCGUUUUCGGACGGAGCUACAUCUCCCUCUAGCAUGUGGUCAGAAUUGAGUCGUCCAAGCAGCAGCCCAUCCUCGACAUCAAGGACGCAGCUGCCGAACACCAACAUACUGGCUCGUCGCCCACUGGUAUCUUCGCACACAUUCCCGAAAUAUAAACGUGAACGGAGUUCGGUAGGCCAAGAGCCGCACGAAGCGAAGGAAGCAAUACUUCAGCUUUCGCCGAUAGAAGAUCCAACGAAGGCGUUCAGACUGGAGGCGCCUUUGAUAUACGCCACCAAGACGCGCAAUAUUCCACGAUACCAAUUGCAGCGACAGUUCGAUCGUAGCGAGUCUGUGCCCAAGUUGCACAUUCGCGCAGUCCCUCUACGCGAGACUCGAUCUCUCUCAGUACCGGCUGCCCACGUACUACGAGAUCGGCAAAUCUCUUAUAAUGAAGAAGAAACGCUUUACAGCAUGGAUCUCUUUGAGAUGCGCGGUCGAAAAGCCGGAACGCUCCCUGGUAGUAUCCAAAUGACUUCUGGGAAGUCUCUCUGGGGCGGCGAGUGGACGCGAUUCUGGCAUGUUACAAAAUGUAAGGCUAAACACCAUAUCUGUGAUUACAGAGGGGUGUGUGAGCCAGAAAAACAUGUUCUUUAUUGUGUCAAGAAAGGUGUGUGGGAGGAUGCUGAGGGUGUAGUCGUUGCGCGUGAAGAGACGGAGGGGCUGGGAGCAUGGUGUGCCAAUGGACUGCUUGUGGAAACAAGACGUCCAUCAAAUGAAGCAGGGCGUGUUUUGGAGAUGACGGAGGAAACUGAGAGAGAUGGAAAGAAACGCGAUUUGGUGAUGGCGUGCUGGGUAAUGAAGCUGUGGAUAGUGGAAGAACUCCGGUGGGAGGGAAAUUGAGAGCUGUAGUGAGGCGCCAAAAAUAACGCAAGAUCUGUAGGUUCGGACGAAACAACCAUUCUUAACCUCUGUAGACUAUCUCUGCUGUUCGGCGCAACCUCGUAAUCGCAUCAUAAGCGUGGAGUGUUGCCGAUGAAGACGGAGGGAACAUCUGCACUGUGCGGUACCUACCUAGGUAGGCAUGGAAUGCUGCGUGGACCCUGGCCACGUGUUUGAGCCUGUCGAUGCCCUGCGUGUCGCGAUUCUU